AUGUUUUACAUUUGGGAUUUGGCGAAGAAGAAACAAGGGUACGAUAAUGGAGCCAACAUGCGCGGAAAAUAUAAUGGUGUGCAAGCCAGAAUUCGUCAACUAAAUCCUCGAGCUUUUUUCGUUCCUUGUAGUGCCCACUCGCUCAACUUGGUAUUGAACGAUGCAGCUAAUUGUUGUAUGGAGGCUGUCGCAUUUUUUGAUUUAAUUCAAGGCAUUUAUAACUUUUUCUCAGCAUCAACUUACCGUUGGAGUAUAUUAUUAAACCACCUAAGUGAUCUGACUAUAAAACCGUUAAGUGCCACUCGUUGGGAAAGCAGGGUCGGUGCCGUACGGGCACUUCGAUUUCAGACUAGUGGAGUUUACGAUGCACUAAUUGAAAUCGCAGAAGACAAUACAUUAACUACUGCACCACAAGUCAAGAGUCGCGCAGAGGCUAAGGGAAUAGCCAGAAAUAUUUCAAAUUUCAAAUUUGUUUGCUCCUUGGUAUUGUGGUAUGACAUUUUAUUCCAAAUUAAUAUUGUCAGCAAAAUGCUCCAAUCACAGGCUUUAGACUUGUCGCUUGCUCUAGAGCAUUUAAACGCUACCAAAUCUUUCCUAUGCGAUUAUCGCUGUGAUGAAGAAUUUGCCGCAAUGGUUGAAAAUGCAAAAAAAUUGGCAGUUGAACUAGAAAUUUUUGAAGGAUUUGAUGUGGAUGAUCCCGUACGCGUACGCAGAAAGAGUAGACAAUUCCUAUACGAAGGUCGUGAUGAACCGAUAGUAUCACCAGAACAAAACUUCAGAGUAUCUUUUUUCAAUCGAAUAUUGGACAUCGCAAUUCAAGCAAUAAAUGAAAGAUUUACGCAAUUAUCGGAAUAUAACGAGUUAUUUGGGUUUCUUUACAAUAUCGGCAGCAAACCCUUAACGGAUGAUGAGUUAUUGAAACACUGUAAGGACUUGCAUUUAGCGCUUAUGUCUGAUGGCCAAUCUGAUAUCAACGGGGUCAAACUUUGGUAUGAAAUUAAAGCUAUUGGAAGACGACUUGAUACUUCCAAUAGCGAUCCAAAAAGUGUAUUAAAAUGUAUUUACACAUCUAAUGUUGUCGAAGUAUUCCCAAACCUUUCGAUAGCUCUUCGCAUACUACUAACGUUACCAGUCACAGUUGCUAGUGCUGAAAGAAGCUUUUCAAAGCUGAAAAUAAUAAAAUCCUAUUUGAGAUCACAAAUGUGUCAAGAUCGUUUAGUUGGUCUAGCUACGAUUUCCAUCGAGAAAGAAAUUGCUGAUCAUUUGGACAUAGAAGAUUUGGUUAAAGAUUUCGCAGAAUUAAAAGCUAGGAAAAUUCACUUUUAA